UGCGAUUCACAACGUGGACUAGCACGACCAGAGAUAGGAUUUCAACAACGUCACCGUUAUGGGCAAGGUACCAAAGAAUUGGCCUACGGGGAUCAACAUUCUUCGGGCACGAACAAGUGGGUGCAUAUAGAACCCAUCACCUUGCAUGGCCAUCCUGCGAAUGGACAAGGUGGCCUCUUUGCAUCUCGCAAGAUUCCUCCCAACACGUUUAUGCUAUUCUACAUCGGAGAAGUACACGCGGAGACCCGUGAAACGUCCGACUACGACUUGUCUCUCCUCAAAACAACGACAGACGACGGUUCUAUCGUGCAUGUUGGGAUCGACGCUCAGAGUAUGGGAAACGAGGCGAGGUUCAUCAAUGACUAUCGAGGGAUCAAGGAGAGACCGAACGCGGUGUUCAAAGAGGUGGUGUUAGUAAGGAGUCGAG